AAAUACGAAAGUACAUUCCAAAGCCAAAUGUGUUGACGCCCACCAAGAACGCUGUGGGAGUUAUAUACUGCUUGUGCUUCGGUGUGUAACCCAAAAGAAGCUCUCCUUUACUGACUGGCACUCUUCAUAACACUCGGAUUUGAACACUUCUAGUGGCUCUAAAAUCACCAAAGCCUCUGGAUCACUAAUAGAGCACAAUGCUUACCUGGGGACAGUGUGAACUCCUGAUGUCAGAAACCAGCAAGGAGUUUGAAACCGUGAUGGAAGGCAAGGGUGACAUUUCUGACAGUGAACUACCAAACCUAAGAGAAGGUGAUCUCAUUUUGAGAAACAUGAUUGAUGAAUCCAGCCCACUUUAUCAUGCUGGGGUGUACUGUGGAAACGAAGAAGUCAUUGAGUUAACAGCCCCUUUAGGUACAAAAUGGUAUGAAAAAAUCUCAACGCUGUUUUUGCCAAGGCCAAGUGCCGCUGUGAUUAAAGAAAACGUGAGUCAGUUUCUGAAUGGAAAGUUGUAUAAAGUUUUCCGUCUGAAGCAUGGCAUACCUGAAGAAUUCGCUAAUUCAGUGAAGUCAGCAAUGAAGUGCAAUGAGCAGUAUGACCCCUGUAGAAAUAACUCUCUGCAAUUUGCCCUGAGACUGCUGAAGCUACAAGCUCCACUUCUUCCAGAACGGAAGACUUCAAGCAGCUCUAAAAUCACCAAAGCCUCUGGAACACAGAGCACAAUGCUUACCUGGGACGAGUGUGAACUCCUGAUGUCAGAAACCAGCAAGGAGUUUGAAACCGUGAUGGAAGGCAAGGGUGACAUUUCUGACAGUGAACUACCAAACCUAAGAGAAGGUGAUCUCAUUUUGAGAAACAUGAUUGAUGAAUCCAGCCCACUUUAUCAUGCUGGAGUGUACUGUGGAAACGAAGAAGUCAUUGAGUUAACAGCCCCUUUAGGUACAAAUUGGUAUGAAAAAAUCUCAACGUUGUUUUCAUCACAGCAAAGUGUCGCUGUGAUUAAAGAAAAUGUGAGUCAUUUUCUGAAUGGAAAGUUGUAUAAAGUUUUCCGUUUGAAGCAUGGCAUACCUGAAGAAUUCGCUAAUUCAGUGAAGUCAGCAAUGAAGUGCAAUGAGCAGUAUGACCCCUGUAGAAAUAACUCUCUGCAUUUUGCACUGAGGCUGCUGAAGCUACAAGCUAAACCUCUUCCAGAAAGGAAUACUUCAAGUGGCUCUAAAGUCACCAAAGCCUCUGGAUUAUAAAUACAAAACGAUGUUGAAAUGGCAUGAAUGGAUGAUGAAGAGGGUCAAUCUUUGUUAAAGAAAUCUUGACAUCAUUUGAAAAUGUUAAACAUUUAAAUGCAGUUAUAAUUGGUUAUCUAGAACUCAUAAUUACUCCUCUUUUUCACUGGCCAGUGUGUGGUAUGUUGUAUAAAAACACAAAUUCUGCAAUUAACUAAUUUUGUAGAGCAUGCAGUAUAAAAUGUGCCAUGUACUAUCUACUUAAUUAACAAUAUUAAAGGUAAUACUUGUCAGUA